AUGUCAAUGAAUGUGAAACGGAAGCUCCGUGUCAUGUAAAUGCUACUUGUACAAACGUGGAAGGAUCCUACUACUGUGCCUGUAAAGCAAAUUAUAGUGGAAAUGGCUUGUUCUGUGAAGGUAAAUGUUUCGAGAAUGUACGUACACUAAAUGCUCGCAUUUCAAAAGUUGGCACUGUUUAUCCCCAUAUGUUAUUAACGAGCGUAUUUCUGAUACUUAGCUUUAUAUAGGCUCUUUUCCGCACACUGAACAAUCAACUCGUAAGCAUGAUGCGGGUGCAUGAAUCUAAUUCAAAUGGGCUGUCAAGCAUUGUGAUUGGAUGAAAAUAUUUAUUCUGUCUUUCUCUGACAUCAGCAGACAUUGAUAAUAACUUCUACAUUUUACCUUAUUUCAUACCUAUUUUCAUACUGUAUGUAUUUCUGUUAUUCUCAGCUUCCAUAUUUGUAUUCUGUAUAUACUAUACAUUGAAUAAUCAAAUAAUUGGUUAUCAAAUAGCUCUCCGAAUGUAACUCCGUCAACAGUGUUUGAGGCCCAACGCCGUCAAUUUCAGUGUACGGCGGCCUGGAAUGGGAAAUUUGAUCUAAAUGUCACUGAAAAUUAAUCUAAAUGUGACUGAAAAUCCGAGCAUUUAGUUUUCCGACUUAAAAUAAGUUACUAUAGCUUUUCUGCCUUCGUACAUUAUCGAACAAUCCUAUAUCUGUCUGAAAAUGUCAGCAAAUAGGCAGAGGUUUUCCUUCAUGAUCAUUUGAUAUUGGUUUCAAAGAUCUGGGUCUGGGAUACUAGGGCAUAAUACAUAAUGACAUGCAUCAUAAAAGUGUAUGACCUAAAAUGGGCACACGAAAAUGUUAUAUUAUUCAUUCUGAUCAUUAUCGCCGAUCGUUAACACAAUAAUUAUUACUAAAGUCACAGUUGGUAAAAAUAAAUAAUAAUAAUAGUAAAUACAUUUUACCAGUCCCAACUGCAUGGCAAUGGAUUGCAUUAAAACUUUAUCCAGAUCGCUAGAGCAAUAUUUAAGUAAUGAUGAACGCAAAAACUGGGCUAAUUUAGACAUGAAAUGAAUUGAUUGCUUUGAUUUUCUAUGCCAUAUUUUGCAGAACUUACAUGCAAAGUGGAUGCCAUAUAUUAUGCAACGUCAAGUGCAAUUAAAGGAGUAUUCUCGGAUGCAAAUUCGACAGUGACGGUAUUAUCAGCAAGUGUUGUGAACCUAAAUUAUGAUUAUUCGAGCGAAAGACUGCUCUACUACGAUGGUAGCAAUCUAAUCAGUCUUAAACUGGACGGUAGUGAUGCAACCACCAUAGUGGCUGUCUCUGCCAUAUUGCGGUUUGCUGUAGAUUAUAUAACAAGGAAGGUGUAUUAUAUUAGUGAUCUAUUCAAAAAGAUUAAAAGCAUUGACCUGAAUACUGGAACUGAGAGUGAUGUAGUUGAAAAUAUUGGUGAUGAUGUUAAAGACUUGGAUACCGAUCCAUCUAACAGGUAUGUAUAUUUAAAGUUUGUUCGUUCACUGCAACCAGGUAUAUCAAUCAUGUUUAAUUUCGCUCGCUACUCUGGUUUAAAUAAAUGAUUACAAAGCCCAUGCAGUCGCCAAUUGUAAUCAAGACCCUACGUUUCGACACUCCAGUCCAGCGUCUUCAUCAAGGGUGAUCUAAAGAUGCAAUCGUGGCUUCUCAAAUACCCCACGGGAUGACGUCACCUGCCAAUGAGAUGCAUGUAUUCCUCUGGCAAAUAGGUACUGUCAUCCCUAUUCAACGCAGGAUUACGUACUGUUUAAAAAACGCCAGUAGGAGUGUUUUAUCACAUAUAAAACACGACGCGUAGCGGAGUGUUUUAUAUAUGAUAAAACACGAACUACGAGUUUAUUGAACAGCUUCAAAAACGUCUCAGUUAGAUCACGGCAUUGGCGAAAUAAUUUUCCAAAAUAACUUUGUAUUAGCUGAGAAAAUACAAGUUGAAAUUUGAAGCGUGUUUUAUCACAUAUAAAGACACGCCACGCUUAUGAUUUCUCUUUGUGUUUUCCUCAUGAAUUAUUAAUGAGUUUUUGAAUCAUAUUUAUAUACCACGCUUCUAGGCAAAGUCUUUGACCAUAGCGAUUGUUUGUACAGUGGUAUCUCUCAACUACACUAUGUUAUAACACCAUGAUUAAUUAAAUUAAACAUAGAGAGUUGAUAAAGGGUGUCUCAAAUGGACUAAUACCGAAUACGAAUAGGAGUUUUGAUGUUAUUUGCUUUAGUGUUGAUGGCUUCUCACUGGGUUGGUCGUUUUAGACAUUGACAUAGUGCUAAAAAUUUUUCCAAGGUUUUGCAGGAUUUUUCCUUUAAUUUGAUUUUUGCUAGAGGAAUUUUUAGGAGAACAGCCAUUGCAGGAUUUUCAUAGUGAUUACCAAGGCCUCCCAAAACUUGUAUUGUUUCACUUGUUGGGUCUGUUUCGAAUUUAAUUCAAAAGAAAUUAAAAUUACCGAAUUAUUCGAAUAAUUUAAUUAAUUAAUAAGUUAAUUAAUUAAUUAAUUAAUUAAUUAAUUAACUUAUUAACUUAUAAUUAAUUCAUUAAUUAACUUAUAAGUUAAUUAACUAAUUAAUUAACUUAUAAUUAAUUCAUUAAUUUGAUUUAAUUAAUUAUUUUAAUAAUUAAUAAAAUACAUAAUUAUUUAAUUGACAAGUCAAUUAAUUUACUUUAUUAAUUAAUUAUCGAAUUAAACUGAUUAAUUAAUUAAUUCCUUUAAGAAUUAAUUUAAUUUUUAUAUUAUUCUCUAAUUUACAGUAAUUCAGAGGAAUUCAAUUCUCUAUUAAUUUUGCUAAUUAGUCCACUUUAAGGUGCCUCGAUACACUUUUCAAAAAUUCAGGUGUUCAACAUUUUCAGAUGUUCAAACUCCGCAUUUUUAGGAUUUAUUCAGCAGAUUUUGGGUUUUUUAUAUAUUUUGAUAUCUCUACUUUCAAAUUAUAUUAGUUUUAGUAACGGAAAUUCUUUCUAUGACAACAUACGUGUACAAAAUUCACUCUAAAAUGACCUACCGGCUUGUAUAGUGGGAAAAGAAGGAUGCAUGGUGACCUCCAAUUUUUUUCGUGCAUUAUUAUACUUGUAAGAAAAACCAGCAAUUAGCAAAAUAUUAAAAAAUUAUGCAAUGACAUUUUUUUAGAAGAUGCGGAAAUGUCGUACUCUUCAGUAAAAUGUUUUUGCCAUUGCAGAAGUUUUUAGCGGGGCAAUAUAGCAUGCAAAAUCCGAACACAAGGCCAUCAGACAAAAUAGAGAGAUACAGCGCAUUGUUUUAGUUUCUAAAAUGGAGAAUUCUAAUGACGUCAGCAAUUGACAUAGAACGCAAUAGAACACGCACAACAAUGACGUGAGAUGGCGCGAGCAACUGCUCACGUCAAGUCAUUUUGAAAGUUAUUUCAUUUUAUAAUUAGUUUCCGCGACCUGUGCGUAAAAAUGGUCACCCGGUUUAGUUCGCGAUUCUUGAGCAGGCUUUUUGUGAUAACUAUAUCGAGCCACCUUAAUAACAAGGUUAAUUUCAAACGAUUUGAAGACACAAGGAUUACUAGGAAAUACAAACCACAUUACCAGAUACUCCUCUAUUAACAUCGUUUAUGUAUUUAGUUUGACACGACGACGAUAUGGAUACGAAGUCGACGGAUUCAUACAAAUUUAAUUCAUUUCAUACGAUCCGGAUGUCCACUACUGUCACGUUUAAUUCGUUUUAUUACAUUAAAUUAAUUUCGACGAUUGUUCCACGGAUGAGACAGGCCCUACUGUACCCCUCAAUGUUAUCAGCUAACCUAAGACAAAACUAGGUGAAUGUGUACUAGCUGUAUAUGAAUUACAGAAUCAUUGCGUAUAACAGUUAUCUUUUGGUUUCAGCUCUCUUGUUUUUGCUGCUGCAGACAACGGAGAUAUUGUUCGGUAUUUCCUUGAUAAAGGCACACAAGAAGUUAUUUACCAUAACAACAGAUCUGCGUUGUAUCUGACUGUUGACUCUAAAUAUGAAGCGAUUUAUUGGAUUGACUAUAUCCUUGCUAAUGAUAGUUAUUCUCUUAUGCAAACGCAUUUCAAUGGUUCAACUUCGCAAGUUAAUUACUACCCUGGUACAACAAGCUCAGUUAAAAUUGCAAUCGGUGAAGACGAUUUCUAUGUUAUGGAUAGUACAAGAGGUCGUAUUGAUAGAUUUGACAGAAGUACCGUCUCUUUGCAACAUACGUUUUAUCUGAGCGACACACCGAUCGAAUUAACGGUUGUUGAAGGUAAGUUAAGGUUGAAUAUUAUUAUUAAAUAAAAUUUCAAUAAUCCGCAAAUUCUCCUGAAACUGAGUAAAUGAUUUCUUCAUUCGUGCAUAUACCAGAGAGCUUACCGGAUGAAACUGCCUGGAAUAUAUAACAAGAACUUCGAAAAUAAGGACGAUUAGCCCACCCCCAAUUACUCAUUUAUUUACCUACUUUUGUAGACUUGGAUGAAUGUUGUGUUGGUGGUUAUUGUCACGACAAUGCAACAUGCACAAACAUGCCAGGAAACUAUUACUGCACAUGUAAGAUGGGCUUUAUGGGGAAUAGCACACACUGUGAAGGUAUACAUGGAUUUGCAAUAUCUUAAUUCAGUGAUAAAGAAUGAUUAAUUAUUAUUUCAUCUCAACGAGAAAGUACAAUAAA